UAAAGCUCAGCUGUUUCAAGUUCCUGCUUCAGCCGUUUUGUUGAACACAGCCAACAUGUUUGGAUUUGAGAUGACUCUGUCCGUUAUCGUACUGAGCAUUUUCACUGGAGCAGUUUGUACUUCUGCAACAACGCCCUCCCAUGACUUCCACUACAUCUACGGGUGCUACGAAUCCAUUGACGUGCGGGUUGAUGUGGUUAUAGAUGAGGAGGUGGCUGGGUAUGCUGAUUUCAGCAACAAAGAAAUAAUGUGGGUGAUGCCUCACCUGCCACAAUAUGUAUCAGACUUAAAGAAACGGGGUUAUGAAAUUGCCAAAGAUAGCAUUACCCACUGUCACAGCGUUUUGGGUAAAGCAAAAAAAGCGGAUCCUGAUGCUCCCAUCCGGCAAGAAGCUCCAGAGAUCUCCAUCUAUACCCGGUAUGAGGCAGAGGAUGGUGUGAUCAACACUCUCUUCUGUUUGGCCAAUCACUUCCACCCCCCCACCAUCAACUUCACAUGGUCAAGGAACGGGGUGGAGAUCACAGAGGGGGUAUCGAACCUGCGUUACCGCCACAACAGUGACGGGACGUUCCACAGAAUUUCAACACUGAGUUUCACCCCUGGGGAGGAGGACGUUUACUCUUGUUCAGUGGAGCAUCAAGCCUUACAACAGCCUCUCACCAGGAGCUGGGUGCCGAUGGAGAGGAAGAGCAGCGUGAGUCCUGCAGCUUGGUUCUUCGGUGCGAGCCUCGUUUUGUGCCUGAUGGGAAUCGGGACCGGAGCCUUCUUUUUAACCAGGCGGUCAAAUUAGUGCCUUCGCUUUGGGGGUUUUACUGAGAGCAGCUCAACCAGCAUUCAGCUACAGACUGUUUUUUUAAUAAAUACAUACAAUACAACCUUUUUUUUUCAAACACAGAUGCUUUUAGAAUUUUUUUACCAUUAACUGAACAAGUACCCAAAAUAGACAAGCCUCUUCUCCUCAGUGAGGCUGGUUUUCUGAGAACCAAAACCAAAAACUUCUUCGACUCAUAGGAAAGGUGAUCAAAUGUUGACUGCGUUUCUUAAGUUUAUUUUUUAUUUUUUAUUUUUGCCUGACUGAUAUUGUAUUAAUAUUGUGUGGUUUUUAAUAAAGAUAGUGUUGGAUUAGA